ACUGGCUGAAUUGGAAGAGGACGGGAGAGACUCCCAACAUAAACACAGUGAAAUAUUGAACAUAUUUCUACUCUCACUCAAAGAAAAGGCCUCUCCACUCUUCCGACGGUAUCAAGGGUGCGGUCGCUUUCAGUUUGGCUGUUUUCGUGGUGUUCCCUGAGCUUCCCUCACAUUUCCCCGCCGUAUUUUUCACGGAGGGAGGUGGUGGAACGCACGGCCGCCAUCUUUGGGAUCUGCUUGUAGUACGGGAAUCGAGAAUCUGGGCCUCAGUUAGUCCAAGGGUGGAGAUUUUAGACAACUCUACACAGCCAAUCUAAAGCAACAAAUCGGUUGACAACUUUGAAAAACAUCAGAAAUCAGUGCAAGGAAAAUAUAAUACAGGAAAAACCAAAUCCAGUACUCUUCCUGUCCAAAAUUGGUUGAACCACACGACAUUAUCUGCUCCGCUCAAACCAUCCAGGCCUGUCGGAAGGGUGUGUACACAUAUGAGGCCGCUGUCCUGCAGAUGAGCCGUCGGUGGGGGCUGUCGCGUCGCUGUCGCAUAUCCAGAUAAUCCCUGGCCGCGGCGGUGGCAGCACUGGCACGUCCCCCCCUUAGCAUGCCCAACACCAGUCGGGCGGGGAGCCUGAAGGACCCCGACGUUGCUGAGCUCUUCUUCAAGGAGGACCCUGAGAAACUGUUCUCAGACCUGCGAGAGAUUGGACAUGGCAGCUUCGGUGCCGUCUAUUUUGCACGAGAUGUGCGGACCACUGAGGUGGUGGCCAUCAAGAAGAUGUCUUACAGUGGAAAACAAUCCAACGAGAAAUGGCAAGACAUAAUCAAGGAGGUGAAGUUUCUGCAGAGAAUACAGCACCCAAACAGCAUAGAGUAUAAAGGAUGCUAUCUGCGAGAGCACACUGCCUGGCUGGUGAUGGAGUACUGUCUAGGCUCUGCCUCCGAUGUCCUGGAAGUUCACAAGAAACCCCUACAAGAAAUGGAAAUAGCAGCGAUUACCCACGGUGCUCUACAGGGGCUAGCUUACCUUCAUUCCCACAACAUGAUUCACCGAGAUAUCAAGGCAGGGAACGUCUUGCUGACAGAGCCUGGCCAGGUGAAACUUGCAGAUUUUGGUUCUGCCUCCAUUGUCUCACCAGCCAACUCUUUUGUGGGGACGCCAUAUUGGAUGGCCCCAGAGGUAAUCCUGGCUAUGGACGAAGGUCAGUACGAUGGGAAGAUCGACAUCUGGUCUCUGGGAAUAACCUGCAUUGAAUUAGCUGAGAGAAAACCUCCACUGUUCAAUAUGAAUGCGAUGAGUGCCUUAUAUCACAUAGCGCAGAAUGAAAGCCCCACACUGCAGUCAAGUGAAUGGACGGAUUACUUCCGAAACUUUGUAGAUUCUUGCCUUCAGAAAUUCCCCCAAGACAGGCCCAACUCGGAGGUACUGUUAAAGCAUGCGUUUGUGCAGCGGGAGCGGCCCGACUCUGUCCUGAUGGACCUGAUCCUGAGGACCAAGGUUGCGGUGCGGGAGCUGGACAACCUGCAGUACCGCAAGAUGAAGAAGAUCCUCUUCCAGGAGGCUCACAACGGCCCUGCAGCCGAGGCACAGGACGGAGAUGAGGAGGAACCGGAGCAGAGUGGCAGGACAGGCACAGUGAGCAGCGUUGGCAGUAACCAGUCUAUCCCCAGUAUGUCGAUCAGCGCCAGCUCCCAGAGCAGCUCUGUCAACAGCCUGACCGACGCCGGAGAUGACAAGAGCGAACUGGACAUGAUGGAGGGAGACCACACAGUCAUGUCCAACAGCUCCGUCAUUCACCUCAAACCGGAGGAGGAGACGACUUAUCGUGAAGAGUCGGAACCUAACAGCCGGCCGCUCACUGAGCCCCAGUCUCCCCCUGCACACACUCCACGGCCAAAACACCACCGCAACCGCGAGCACUUUGCCACAAUACGCACAGCCUCCCUGGUGACCCGUCAGAUGAAGGAGCACGAGCAGGACAGUGAGCUGAGAGAGCAGAUGUCAGGCUAUAAGAGGAUGAGGAGGCAGCACCAGAAGCAGCUGAUGGCCCUGGAGAACAAGGUGAAGGCUGAGAUGGACGAACACCGGCUCCGUCUGGACAAAGAGCUGGAGAACCAGAGGAACAGCUUUGCCCAGGAGAUGGAGAAACUCAUUAAGAAGCACCAGGCCGCCAUGGAGAAAGAUGCAAAGACCUUUACUAAUGAUGAGAAGAAGUUCCAGCAGCAUAUCCAGAGCCAGCAGAAGAAAGAGCUCAACAGCUUCCUAGAAUCCCAGAAACGAGAGUACAAACUCCGCAAGGAGCAGCUCAAAGAGGAGUUGAAUGAGAACCAGUCGACCCCUAAGAAGGAGAAGCAAGAGUGGCUGUCCAAGCAGAAGGAGAACUUCCAGCACUUCCAGGCUGAGGAGGAGGCCAACCUGCUGAGGAAACAGAGACACUACCUGGAGCUGGAGUGUCGACGCUUCAAGAGGAGGAUCCUCAUCGCGCGCCACAACGUGGAGCAGGACCUAGUGAGAGAGGAGCUGAAUAAGCGUCAGACGCAGAAGGACCUGGAGCAUGCCAUGCUGCUGCGGCACCAUGAGUCCAUGCAGGAGCUGGAGUUCCGCCAGGUCAACACCAUCCAGAAGAUGAGGGCUGAGCUGAUCCGCCUGCAGCACCAGACAGAACUCACCAACCAGCAGGAGUACAACAAGAGGAGGGAGAGAGAGCUCCGACGCAAACACGUCAUGGAGGUCCGACAGCAGCCCAAGAGCCUCAAGUCCAAAGAGCUCCAGAUUAAGAAACAGUUCCAAGACACAUGUAAGAUCCAGACCAGACAGUACAAGGCCUUGAGAAACCACCUACUGGAGAGCACACCAAAGUCUGACCACAAGGCUGUCCUGAAGCGUCUAAAGGAGGAGCAGACCCGCAAGCUGGCCAUCCUUGCUGAGCAGUACGACCACUCUAUCAACGAGAUGCUCUCCACACAGGCUCUGCGUCUGGAUGAGGCUCAGGAGGCUCAGUGCCAGGUGCUGAGGAUGCAGCUGCAGCAGGAGCUGGAGCUACUCAACGCCUACCAGAGCAAGAUCAAGAUGCAGACGGACGCCCAGCACGACCGUGAGAGGAAGGACCUGGAGCAGAGAGUGUCCCUCCGGAGGGCCCUACUGGAGCAGAAGAUUGAGGAGGAGAUGCUGGCUCUUCAGAACGAGCGUUCGGAGAGGAUCCGUAGCCUGCUGGAGCGCCAGGCCAGGGAGAUCGAAGCGUUCGACUCAGAGAGCAUGCGUCUAGGCUUCAACAACAUGGUACUGUCCAACCUCUCCCCAGAGGCCUUUAGCCACAGCUUCCCCGGGGCCCCAGGCAGUUGGGCCCACCCCCAGACACAGCACCACUCUGGGGGCUCCUCUCAAGGGCUACACUGGGGCAGUGGAGGGUCAGGGCACCAAGGCAGCCAUCACCAACACCACUACCACUCUGGUCAGGGAGGGUCCCCCAUGCAGCAAGCCUGGGGCCAAGGCAUGCAGGGAAGCGGGUGUCCUCAGCCGUGGGGCCACCCCUCGGCAGGGCCCCUGGCGGCCAGAGGCAGUGGAGGAGUGCAGAACAGCCCCCAGGCACUGAGCAGGACAGCCUCAGGGGGGCGCAGUGAGCAGGCCAUGAGCAGGAGCACCAGUGUCAACUCUCAGAUAUCCAAUGGGUCGCACCUGUCCUACACAUAGACUCCCAGCCCAGCACCAGAGUCAGAGUAGGGCGCUGUAGAGUGGGACAGCAUGGCCUGAGCUCUACUACAACUCCACCUCUACUUCCCCUCUCUCCUAUCCCUCGUUCCUCUCCUGUCCUGUGUACAGAUGUGGAUGCGUGCGGAAAUAAAUGUUGCUCAGGUCAAAAUGGCUGAAACAGGCACAGCCCCUCUACACAGCAGUUUAUUAGCACACAUACAGAUCAGUUCUUCUGUUUCUAUUGAAACCAUUCAGUGUCAACACUUAAUACUUCCUCCAUUCUUUAUUUUACACUUCUCUCUUUUAUAAAUAAUUUUCAUGUACAUAUAUGUGCCACUGCCCCCCUUCCACCACUGAGACCACUGUCAAAAAGCCUUUUGACAUCUGCUAACUGCUUUUAUUUCUUUUUAUUUGUAUGUAGUGUCUAUCAAUCACAGCAAGCUAAUGAAAGCCCAUGAAAUUCCCCUGCUCCAAAUUUGAUAAUACAUUGGCCCAUCUAUCCAGUUAUUUGAUUUAUUUUAAUUUUAUUCUCCUUAUGCCAGCCUGUUUUUAUGGUUAUUUUAAAUAGCUGAGAUUGUUUCUCUUUCCAAAUCAGAAGAAUGUUUUGCAUUCUAAAAGAUUUUAACAGGGAGAGAUUUAAAGAACUGCUCAGAUACCGUAUAGAGCUCCUUGAUAAUACCUGAAACAAAUUCAAGUUUGUUUGAAAUGAUCAUUUAGCUUGGUUUGAAAUUAUCAUUUAGGUUUGAGGAUGUGAGGGACACUGGGACACAAUGUUGUUGGCUUGUAUUAUGGCCAGCUUCCAUAAAACUAGCUUUUGUUGUUGUAGCCAAACCUACUUUAAGCCAGGCAGUUGUUAUUAAACAUCUCACAAACUUAGUUACUAUCAACCCCUGUUGCAGGAAUGUGGUGAAAUUUUGUGGAUAGGAUUUUUUUUUAGUUUUCACAUACAAGGAUCUAAGGAUUUUGUAGAAUUAGUUGAAUUAUGUUGAACUGUUCUCAUUUGUCUGGUUCUUUUAUUAAGAAAGAAAAUAUUUUGGGGGGAAUUGCAGCUGGUAAGAGCAAGAUAUAGAGCAGGAUAUGUUUUUUUUAGCAGAUGUUAUAUCAUUGAGGUAGGAUUUUUGUUGUGAAAUUCAGUUACACUUGCCGUUUGAAAGCUCAGUGUUUACAUUUAAUAUAUUGGAGAAGCAGUAACAGACAGUGAACCUUUUUAUAUCAAUGAGCAUUUUGCCAGCAUUUAGUGAUCUGCAUUUUAUUUUACACCUCCCUGUGGGAGUUUAAGCUGCUAAUCCAUCCAUUUGCCAAUAAGAACACUAAAGCAGAAUAUGAAUGUUUUUAGAUGCUAUUUGUUUUAUUUGUCUGUUUCGGAUGCAAAGCUAGGGGCCAGGCUGACCAUAGCUUCAACUAUGGCCAUAUUCAACUCAGUUCUGUACUACUGUACUGUGUGAUGCCGGCCACUAGGCUGCUGUCUUCACUUAUUGUCAACCGUUCCUUAGGCCAUAAUAGCCCACCUACAGUAGAUCCACAUCUUCACUGUUUAGGGUUUCCAAGUGGGUGGGUGUCUCUCAUAGCAUUACUACAUCAGUCAAAACCAGAGGGACAUGGCAGAGCCAUAAUAAACUAUAGGCUUAGCUAACAGCUAAAAGUGUAUAUGUAUGUUAAUACUCAGUAAGAUGGUGCCUUUCUAUGCCCUGAUACUGAUCAUUCAUUCUCAGUGUAAAACUUGCAUAUUUUGGGAAUGUUUUAGUUCAGCUCAGAUUGAUUAAAUUGAUACACUUCAAACUAGUUUCCAUUUAGUUUGUACAUUGGCAUCGUUCAAUGAAAAUGAUGUACCUCAGGAUGAGAGGAUCCCAACAUCUGUCCUCAUGUACCUCUGAAAAUGAUGUCCAUAUCAGGAGUUUUGUGAAGUGAUCAGUUGAACAUAAGUUCUGAAGGUGAUAAUAUCAUGCAUACAGGUACUUGAGGGCUGGUUCUGGGUGUCUCUGCUGUGCGGAGGAUGACAGAUUGUGAGUUUCACCUUAGUUGGCUGAAUGACCGAGAAGGAGGAUCAGUAUAAUUCAUGCUGGACUACAUGAUUGUCAGAUACAAGAGCAAAGACUCUGUAAUGCCUUUAAGAACCCUGACAUUUAUCAGUUGAUUUUAUUUAGUGCCUUUAAAUACUGCUGCCUUGUCAAAGCACUUUAUACAGUAUAAAAAAUGUAUACAGUAAAACAGAUGGUAGUUUGGCUUUGUUUUAAGCACAGCAACCCGAGGGAUGCAUAUAGUGUGUUGGUAUUAUGUGGUUGAAGUGAGGAAGUUGAAAAGUCUAGCUAAUAGUUGACCUUAAAGUCCGAUACGGAGUCAGGAUUUGAAUGCCUGGGGUUAAUUACAAGUGAGUUACCAGUAUGUAGACACAUUUCUAUGGCUCUGUGGAGGAUUCAUGUUGGACAAGAACAAACCAGAUUAUGGAGUAUGGUGACGGGGUUAGUUAAAGGACUUCUAUUGUAUGCUUGGUUGAAAAAUACCUUCCGCACAAAAUGUCCAGGCCAGGUAUAACAUGAAAGCAGUGGGCACAGUAGAGCAGAGCUUCCAUAAGUAGAAAAAAAGUCAUAUGGUUUCAGAAUGUGUUUGAAAGGGAAAGAUGUCAUCUCUAUGUGAAGGCUCUUUUUGACCAUAACAGCAGGCUUGGCAAGGAGUACAUGUUUGUGGGAGCUGUUACUGGUGUUCAGCAUGUAAAUAUAACACUCACACUAAAUUAACAUCCUACACUUAUGUUGGUGAGUGGUUAAAAAGGGGUUAAAGCUGGAAUCCUUAAUGGUGACACUGCCAUGUCCAUUUGGGAUAUUAUAACAACAAAGAAGUUACUGCAAAAAAACAACCCCCCCCCCCUGCUCGACACGCCUCUCAUUAGUUUUGUCCACAAAACAGUAACAAAGGUGCUGGGGCGGGCAGUGACACAGUUUCCCCUAAUGCAGAUUCCAUCUUUAAAGGUGGCAAAGCACUUACGUAGUUAUUUACUUGGACACCCACAGUGGGUUCUAUCCAUGAACAUGUUCUCCACUUUUUGGUAUUUUCCCCAGGGGUGAGUUUAUGCCAUUUUGGUUCCCCUCUUUUCUCAACUUGCAUUCCCUCACACACCAAGUCUGCAUUUAUUAUGAGGGUAACCAUCUCCAUCUGGAAAUCUAAAACACUUUAAAAACAUAUAUAUUGGAAAGGCCACGAGGCUUAAAAAGACCUAGAGAUGCAGAUAUCUUAGGAAAUGUAUCCUCUUUUCAUUGAAGUGGGUGAAAUGUUCAUAUUGUGUGUAUAUAUACAAUUUAAGAGAUAAUUUUUUUUUUUUACUAAACUUGCAUUGUGAAAAAGAAAAUAACAAAUAAUCUCUAAGACUAACAUUAUUUAACUUGACAGACACUAACCAAAUAUUAAACAACGUUGAGAUUGGUAUGAGGGUCUGUAAAAGUAACUGAUGAAAAGUGAGCUUGGUUGUGUGUACACUGACUCUUACUGCUUCCUGUGCAUGCAUAGCCUACACUGUCAUUUUCCUUUACUGUCACACACUUUGUUAGUCAUUGCCCCCCUCAUGAAGCCUUCCAUUGCAGUGAGUCUGUACCUCUGGUAUGUUUUCUCCUAUUCCACCCUCUACAUUCACAUCCACCAGAACAGUAACUAUUCUGUUUGUUCUUGUUGAAUGUGAUCCUGCAAUUGUGCAGCAAAAACGUGUUUGAUUUCAGGGGCACAAAGAUGCUGGGAAGAUUUGUUUAUUUUUUGAGACGUAGGAGAAGUUUGUUUUAAAUGGUUGCAGACUAAUCCCCCAUUACAAUUCUCCCAUAUCUGCCUCUGGAUCAUACCCAACUGUCCUUUCCAAAAAGCAAGCAUGGGUCUCAUUGUGUUACAGUACAUAGGGCUGUGAGUGUGUCCCAAUACUCUCCAAAACCUUCCACCUCUUGUUUCCUUUCAUUUGUAACCACAGAGGUCAAAAGAUUCAAUAGGUUAAUUUACCAGUAUAAUGCUUAUACCCACCAAGUAUUUUAUGAAUAGUGGCCAGGGGAGAAAAAGGAGCGGUAUUUCUGAUUAUUGGGACCUAGCCCUUGUUCAGGUCAAUAGCUUUUUCGGGCCAAUGGUUCAUGUCAGGCCAAUGAAAGGUCCUUGCUAUCUGUGAUCCUUGGGAUGUUCCUACCCCAUUGAAGUUGAUAUUUGAAAAUGGUUAAGGUAAAAGUUUGGGUAGGGAUGUCCCAAGGAUCCCGGAAAGCACUAAAUGCCAAUGAAACCUCAUCUCAUACGUGAUCGAUUGCCAACCCGUCACACCAUUUUGUUAAUCAUUCCCCCCCCCCCAAAAAAAAUUGUGAGACUACUUAGAUAUUUUUAUUCAUAUUUGUUUUAAUAAUUUACAAGGCUUCUCCACCAACCUGAAUAAUGUUUUUAAUUAUCAUUUAACAUUGAUGUUUUCAACUUUUGUCCUACUGACUGAAAGUAUGGGAUACUGAGUGAGAAACAAGCUAAAGAAAAAUGGAGGUCCUCCAUCUGGUCAAACACUGUGCCAUACCAGAGCUGCCAAGCCCAAACACCACUGCAUUGUUUCAUCUCAAGAGUUACCUAACAUUACCCUUGGCUUGGGCUGAUGGCAUGAAAUGUUUAGAAAUCGCAUGAUAUGAGCCGUUCUGGUCAGAUGGCCAAUGUAGAGGCUUGAAAAGAUGGUGACAGGCUACUUGUGAAAACAGAGGGUCCAUUUCUAUGAGGAUGUCAGUAUUCUUCCUUGGCACAGCAUUACCACUACAACUCUUAUAUAACCUGUAUUAAAAUGUAUAGAUUGUGAAACCUGUUAUUGAAUGUCUGAAAGAUUAUGAAGAUUAUACAUACAUUUUCACCAACAAAAAAUAAAAAAAAGUGAGUGGAAAUGUGUAAAAAGAUUCAUAAAACAGAAGAAUAAAAACUAGGAUCAAAUGUACUAUUUUGUUUGUAUUAUAAUUACUAUUGUGCUGGCAGAGGAAUAUUGAACAGAAAUCAGCUGUAAUAAAGUAAUUUUAGUAUAUAA